AUGGAUGAUGUACGACACCUUUUAGACCUGAAUUCACUUGCUGAUUCGAAUGAAACGCUCCAAUCGUUUCAAAUCAUGAACUUAGCAAGAAUUAAAUCGAUACCUGCUUCGCAAACUGCUAUAUUACUAGUUGAUGUUCAGAAUAGUGAGAUUGAUGAUGAGCACAAACGAAAACUACCUUGGUACUAUAAUCAAAUUAUGAACGUCUGUUUGCCGAAUAUGAAACGUGUUAUUGACGUUGGACGUUCGUUAGGAAUGGAAAUCAUGUAUACUACCAUUGAAAGUUUGACAUCGGAUGGGCGAGAUCGAAGUUUAGAUCACAAAUUAUCGAAAAUUUUCAUUCCGAAAAACUCCUAUCUGGGACAAGUAAUUCACGAUGUCGCACCACUAGACGAUGAUAUUUGGUUGAAGAAAACAAGUUCAGGAGUAUUCAAUUCGACCAAUAUCGAUUAUUUAUUACGAAAUCUUCAAAUAAACUAUCUCGUGGUCAUGGGAAUGUUAACAGACCAGUGCGUCGAUAUGGCUGUUCGCGAUGCUGCCGAUAAAGGUUACAACGUUAUUUGUAUCGAUGAUGCCUGUACAACACACACAAAACAAAGGCACGAAAAUGCUUUGAGCGCUUUUAAAGGCUAUUGUACUAUUCUCAAUACGGAGCAAUUCAUUCAAAAAGUUCAAGAAUAUAAUUCAAACUUAAAGAGUAUGACUGAGAAUUGUCCAACAGUCAAACAUAUUGUACAAUCGACAUCUUUAACAACUCUGGUAACUACCGAUUUAAUCGGUAUUACACGUGGCCGUUCCAUUCCUACAUAUGAUCUCGAGAAAUAUUUUAAAACUGGCUGUGGAUGGGUACCUGCGGAUAGUGCCCUAACUCCUCAGGAUGUGAUUGCUGACGCCAAUCGCUGGGGUUCACAUGGUGAUUUACGUCUUUUACCAGAUAAAAAUUCUCGAGUGCAAAUAGCGAAUGGACCUGAUUCGAAAUCGACUCCAUUAGACUACAUUCAUUGCGAUAUCGUUGAAACCGAUGGACAAAUAUGGGAUUGCUGUCCGCGAGGAUUACUAAAGAGAGAAAUGCAAUAUUAUCAGAAUAAGCUUGGUAUGAAAAUCAAUGUGGCAUUCGAACAUGAGUUUACUCUAACGAACAAAACUGAUUCACAUGCUGCUCAACCUUCGUUUUCAUUACGAUCUCAACGUCAACAGAGCCAGUUUUCGAGUUGGUUAAUGUCGUCACUUCAAGCAGCGCAUGUUCAACCGGAAAUGUUCUUAUCUGAAUACGGACCAAACCAAUAUGAAGUUACCUAUCGCCCCUCUGAUCCUGUAACUGCUGCUGAUCGAGCUGUUAACAUUCGAGAGAUCACUCGAGAUAUUGCAAGACAAUUAGAUCUCACUGUUUCGUUCGCUCCCCUAACCUCAGUCAAUGGUAUUAGUAAUGGUGUUCAUUUACAUAUUAGUAUCGAUGAUCUCAAUGGCAAACCUUUGCUUUACGAUGAGAACCGUCCGUUUAAUUUAUCAACUAUCGGUGAGCAUUGGUCUGCUGGUGUUCUCCAUCAUUUAGCCGCACUUUGUGCCAUCACAGCACCAACACCCGUAUCGUAUCUACGUUUGAAACCACGGCAUUGGAGUUCAGCAUAUGCUUGUGUUGGCUACCGAAAUCGCGAAGCGCCAAUACGAAUUUGUCCGACAGUUGAUUUCGAUGAGGAAACCGUUCCGAAACAAUAUAAUCUCGAAUAUCGGCCAAUGGAUGGAACAUCGUCACCCCACUUAUCACUAGCGUGUAUCCUAUUCGCUGGAAGGUAUGGAAUCGAGAAGAAACUAGCGUUGAAAUCAAUUCUUACAACGGAUCCACAUCUAUUAGAUGAAAAGGAACGCAAUAACAAGGAUAUCUUCUCAUUACCGACUAGUUUGAAACACGCACUGGAAAUGUUGAAAAAUAAUCGGCACUUUCGCGAAUAUUUACCAGUCCCGUUGUUAGAAACUUAUCUCGCUGUCAAAAACCAGGAGUUAUCCAUAAUCAAUCAAUUCGACGAUCAGACUCUCUGCGAACAUUAUGCACGUAUUUAUUAG